GGUUUACAUCGUCUAAGCUUCUCUCUCUCCAUCUCGAUCUCGAUCUCUCGAUGGAUAUGAAGCCAAGAAGAGGGGAGGUGUUAACUAAAGAGCAGAUUGAUGAGUUCCAAGAAGCGUUUUGUUUGCUAGACAUGGAUGGAGAUGGUUGCAUCACAAGUAAGGAAUUGGCGACUGCAAUCAAAUCCUUGGACCAACAUCCCACAGAGGAAGAACUUCAAAGCAUGAUCAAGGAGGUCGACAUCGACGGCAACGGGACGAUAGAAUUCGGGGAGUUCUUGAAUCUUAUGGCCAGAAAAAUCAAGGAGAAUGAAAUCGAAGAGGAAUUAAAGGAAGCUUUUAAGGUCAUUGACAAGGAUCAAGAUGGCUACAUAUCUCCUAACGAGUUGAGGCGGGUGAUGAUUCACCUGGGAGAAAAGUUAACGGAGGAAGAACUGGAAGCGAUGAUGAGAGAGGCGGAUUUGGAUGGCGAUGGCCAAAUCAACUACGAAGAGUUCAUCAGGAUGAUGUUAGCUUUCUGAAAGCGCUACUGUUCUUGCCGCCACGAAAUUCAUAUUUUUAAGGUUU